AUGCAAAAAAAUACGCUCCCGGCGAUCAAAGCCAUUGAAAACAUCUUGAACCCAUCCGCAACCUCUCUACGGAUGGCCACUGGCCGACGACGCUCUGGAACGCUCGUCUCCCAACUGAGUGCUCAAGCUCAAGCUCAGGCUGGCCAUUUUGUUUCGACAAUUACGCUACAAGCCUCAACGCAUGGGAAUGCGUCCAACAACUAUCCGAAUGUCCUCCUGAAUCGAGACCGUUGGCCUGGAAUCCAAGUUGGGGAUGUAAUAGAACUCAGGGCGUCGCAUAUGGCUGAGCCCUGCGUCUUUAUCAUCGAUGCUUCGGAUCCCGUCGGUCUGCCGUAUAAUCUUCAGGUUUCUCUUUCGAAUGAUAUUGCCGCUUGUUUCGAUAUACGGAGUGGUUCAGAAGUGACUUUGACCAAGACCAGAGUGGACAAAUAUACAGCGGAAGCUGUAGAGGUUUUCUUUAGCGAUCAAUAUCUUGGAAGAGGCGAUAUGUGGCGCCUCAGCUCCAGUUUAGCUGGAAAAUGUUGGCACAAGGAACAGAAGAUAAAUUUUGUCGGUUGUAUCUCUGCCACAAUCAAGACUAUCUUUCUCCACAAAAAAGAAGCAAAGUCGGCGUAUGUCUCACCAGAAACUAAGAUAAUAUACCGCUCUCUUACUGCAAAAUGCACCAUAUUUAUCCAACUCUGCCGGGAGAUAUGGGACUUUGCUGAUGAUGGCGAGCGAUACUACGAAAAGGUCGUGCACUCGUUCCUUCCGGCAUUGUUCAGGCGUUGGAAGAUGUUAUCCACUCGACACGUUAUCACCAUUGUCCUUAUAUCAAGAGUCUUUUAUGACUCGUCGGAGAUUGAAUACGCGGCGGGCCCAAUCCAAAGAGACGACGACGGGCGGGCAUACAAGGACUUUUUUAAAGUGGUCACCGAUAUUGAAGUGAUCAAAGACUGGAAACCCACUCUCAAUGCAAUGAAGGAAUCCCUUAUUGCCUUUCAGCGAGAUAUUCUAUUGACGCAUCACUAUCAUCAACACAACGAUGGAACAGACAAGCCUCCCCGACUAAUCGGCCAAAUAUCUUAUGCGCAUGAUGGACCAAUCCUUGAAGCGAUCAACCUCGGCCUUAAUCCCACUGAAGCACACUAUAUCGACAGAUCACUCUCACUCACUGGAACGUCGACCAUCUUGAUCACACCUGGGAAAGGCCACUUCCGUGUCUCGAAAAAGCUUCUCAAGCUUACCACCACACGUCUAUUGGACCAAGGGUUUGGGCUGGACGUUAUUGCCUUGGGAAAAGCUCCCCUUCACGCAACUCCACUGUUCAGUUUCAUCUCAGUGGAUCCAUCAAAGUAUGGAAAAGAGGGUGGUUCUGAUCAAAUAGCGGACCGAGUGGACGAUGUGCUCUGGGGGGGACCGAUGGAAGACCCGCCACUAGGGAUGCCUGGUCAUGUCGAUGGGCGAAAGGUUUUCUACUGGCAGCCAUUCUGGAUAUUCCUCAUGUUUUGGGACAUUCAGAUGGACCUACCAUUUAGAGAGGAUCAGUACAUUCCCAGAGCACGAAUGCCGCAAUUUGAACUAAUGGGUCUGCUUCAUUACGACCUAAUCUCCUCGAUUGCUAUCCCGGCGCUAGACACCUCGGCCUCUGAUCUUCGUACUUCCGAAGCGCAAGAUCACUUUGACCAAGAUGUUUUUUCAUCCGGCCCUACCAGCGUAUCCUCUCCAACCACGACAGAUCCUUCGUCCCUUCCCAGAGGAUCAAUAAUCAAACAAUCCGGAAUACCGUCGUCCUUGGGGGUAUCAGUCGCAAAGCAGCACAUAAUACGGCGCACACCUUCCACGACCUCCCUCAAUAAUUCUGCUAGACCCGGGAAACUCAAUCGAACGGAUUCCAUCGAGGAUGACUACAUGCCUCGUCGCUCGAGGCCAAACUCCAGCCAGUUCGACGACGCCACUCGGGAACGAUUGGCGGCAGCACUUACGGGGACGUCUCCAAAGACGGGUCGACUAGGGCAGAUCCAAGCCCAGGCCGAACGUCGUGCAAGGAGCACGUCGCAGAACCUGACAAUGACGGAAGCAUCCUCAUCUAACCUGAUACGUAAGCCCUCUGCCUCAACGCGAGGUAAAUCCCCGCCUGGGUCUCGAAGGAAUUCGACUGCGCAGCUACCGCCCAAGGCGCGCAAGGAAGCUCCCACGGAGUCGAUUGCCAGUGUGCCACUCCAGCCAGAGUCGAGCACGAAGGAGGUGUCAGCAUCUAGGAAAACCAGCGAUGCAGCGGACAAGAAGUCAGCAGGGCUACAGUUUCCAUUUGCUCGUUUGACAAGCAGCUGGCUCCUCACCCCUUGGAGGCUCAAUGCGCCGCCUGCCAAGGAGUCCACCGUCCCAAUUCUUCCUUCUAUGCAACCACAAGAGGUUGAAGUGAAGAAGGCUCUUCCGGAGCCAAUGUCAUUAACAAAGCCGGUCACGACUCAACCACUAGCAAUCAAAGAUAAGCGGCAAAAUAGGAUGAGGACUGUAGAGGAUGUCAACAUGGCUCCUGGUCAGCGGCUUUCUGCAAAUAAAGGGUCUCCAGCCUCCACUUCCCCUGCCGAGACCCCUGUGCUUGGUACAUCGUUCCGCAAUUCUACGGGUUCCGGUCUCGGACAACAACAACUAAUCAACCCAUCCGCAACGGAGGUGCCGGUACUCAAGACACAGACUGCUCUUGCUCGUCGCUGGGAGCACAUAUAUACACUUCCGACAAUGGAAAACGAGAUGAAGUGGAAGUCCAUUGAAUCCCCAGGAUGUCUUCCAUUGACUACGGGCUAUUUCCCGACAAAGGAAGAGCUGGAGAAAGCAUAUCGAAUGCAUUUUUACGAUGUCACCCUUGGGCUCGAAAUGAGCGAGUCGUUCCUGGUCAAACGACCCGUGCACGACGGCCCCAUCCCUGAAGACAAGUGGGCGCUGGCCAUCAUGCGAGUGAUGGUAGGCCUACGCCUUGCCCAAGGCUUUCAAUUCGUAUUGCUCUCCGAGGAGAGAGCGCGAGAACUUGGAGGCUUUGGUCGUAUCUCGCCUCCAAGAGGACCCUCAGAAAUCCUCAAUGACGUUGAAGCCCCAGUAUAUCUCAGCAUGAGCGAUCAGAUUCACAGACUGCAGUAUGAUCCCACUGGACCUUCGAUACGGGUGGAAAGAUUUGUACGAAAGUCGGCCACUGUGCCACCACCGAUACCCUAUGCCUGCUUGAUCUGGCCAAAGAGAGGUGGAGGGUAUACAGAGUGUGCCACCCACUUCAAAUCCCCCGAGAUGGAGAUGUAUGGCUGGAAUCGUUUGGAUAUGCUUGCGUUUGGCUAUGAACAACAAUUCUCCGAGUCCCUUCGAUACUGGAGGACGCGGUUUAUCGUGAUCCCAACCGAAGAAAAGCCCCAGCAACGCGGUGCUCCCAGAGGUGCAAAGCCGCUAAGCGACGAAGAGCUACGACUUGUUGGCAUGGAAAAGUUGGCGGAUCACUUUACAAGAGCGCGCUGGUUGAAGAGUGGCGAGACGUUAGAUUCAUAUCCUCCCGUCAAGUUCCUUCCCACUACACUUGAUCCUGUGCCCUCCGUGCUGGAUGAUGGGCUAAUGGCAAAGCUAGAGGAGCUGCAUGAAGCUGGAGCUCUUAGGAAGCGGGCGAACAACUCGCGAACAUUAGAAGCGACGGAUCUUAUGGCCUUGGCCAACAUGAUGCGGCAACCUGGCGGACUUCCAAUUCGAGAUAAUCGCUGGCACACGGCCUUUUAUCCGGAUAGCUUCACGGGUGAAGAGCUCGUCUCAUGGUUCCUUCGAGAGUUUAAUGAUGUCUCAACCCGCGAACAAGGAACCGAAUGGGGAGUCAAAUUGGAGCAGAUGAAGUUCCUGAAACAUUGCAGAGACUACCAUGGCUUUAUCGACGGGCAUUACUACUACAAGUUGUUACCUCCAUUUCAGAAUGCGGGGGCAAUGCGUCCAGCUCUGCCUUACAAGUUUACAACCCGGAUUCUUCGCAACGCCGAAGAGCGUAGUACGAGCGUUCCCGGAGGCGGCUCGAGUGGUAGCCCAGUUGCAGCACGGCGGGACGAUAGUCCACGAAGUGCCCCUAGCAAGCGACGUAUCCUCUCCUCAAGCAUGAUAGUGGACAUGGACCCUCACAAGACGAGCACCCAAUCCGAAACUGCAAUACUCCAUUAUGACCUCAUCCAAAAUCCUGGAACAGCCUUUCAUUUCCAGCUUCAUUGGGUCGGCACGAGCGCCAAGUUUAUAGACGAGAUGGUCAAGACCUGGAGCCGUGCCAUCGACUGGUACGGAUUGCGCCUCGUCGAGGCGUAUGUAGAUCAAAUAACGGACAUUACGAAGACGAAUGUCUUCCAGAGCUGCUUUCCUAUCGACUUUGCCGUCCCACCACCAGCCCUCCCACCAAACUCUGGCAUGCAGCCUGACUAUUUUGAGGGCCAGUUACUGCGCAAUUUUAAUUACGUACUGGAUAUCUCGAGUUCACAGCACUAUGCGAAUCGAGUCAACGUUUAUUACUCGUACCGCAACUCCGAGUUCAACUUUUCCCAAUACGUACACAAGUCGGGGCUGGCGUUUGUGCAGGUAAUCGAAGGCAAAGGAUUCAGCUGGCUAACGAACCGGUUGGCGACCACUCGACAACAUUCAUCCGACCACGACGGGCGGGGGCGAGAUAACCAAGAUAGCCAAGAACGUCCGAACCGGAUCAUGGACGAGCUUAACAGCUUUUGUACGAACAAGGAACUGCUGCAGGGUUUUUGGGACGAAGAACUGCAUACGCUGAUGCGCCGGCUGGAGGCUGUUGGGACGGCCUAA